AUGAGGAAACAAGCACUGCUUGAUCGUUUACUUUGUGUGGUCCUAGGCAUUUUAUCAUUGGCUGACAUGCUGAAAGAACUACAACAAAAACUGAAACAAAAGUUUCGUUACCUCUUUCAACGAAAAGUACAGGUAGCUGUUUUUUAGGAUGAUAUGGACAUUAGUGUAUCAGUAUGGAUGGAAUAAGCAGCACUCCUGUCACAGAUUUAGUCCGAUUUUUACGUUUGCUUGAUCAAUACAAAUCAAAACUCUUGGAUGGUAGUCUUUUAACCAAAGCAGCAGAUUUAGCAACUCAACAACAUGUCCUGUUUAGCAGUAAAGCACCUGAUACAUGGAAAGAACCACGAUUAAAAGCCGCGACAAUUAAGUCAAUGGACUAAAAAAGUAUGACAACCAGGAGGCACGCGUGCGAUAGGUAGUGGAGAGUAUGAGGAGGAGCAGUCCGAUGAAGAAGGAGAUAAUUUAGCGGUAGGACCUAAGCAUCAAAUGAUUACCAAGCUAGCCAAGAUUCAAAAAGGUAUAAAAAGACCUCUACAACCUUCAACACCUAUCACUCCAAAGACACCUGACCUCUCUAUCAAACAGUCACUCCCUCAAGUAGUAAAAAACCCAAGUUUUCUUUUAAGACUGGGUCAAAAGGAAAACGAUUAUUGCCCAAGACACCUCUAUAAAAGUCAAGUCUAAAAAAAAUCUCCCUCCUACUUCAAGACACCUGAGAAGUCCUCAGAAGAAUUAGCCACUGAGCUACCAUUUUCGCAUACAGUGGGUCAGUCUCGUUGGAAUACGUGUGCUGAAUCAGCCAGAGAUACCAUUCGAAAAAUCAGACGACAAACACGUAAAGCGUUAGUCAAAGAAGGAGCUAAACAAAUCAAAAGGGGAAUUUUGAAAAAAUUAGAACUUGCACCUCGUUGGAAACCAUUUGGGACGCCUGUGAAGCGAAAACUCAAUGGCAAAGACCGGUAA